GAAAUGAAAGGUUUGAAGAAAAUUUUAAUGGUAAUAAUGUUGUAAGCUAUCUAAGAUUAUAAUUCAAGUUUGUAAUGAUUUUAAACAGCUCACAAAAGAUAAAUACAAAAAGAAAAGAUACAAUAUAGUUUCUAAGGCACGCGCCAAAGUGCACGUGAGGUCCUUUGCCCGACCAGAACGGAAAACUGUGCUAAAGCCGGAAGAAAAGAUGGAAGCUUUGGCCUUUAGAUGAUAACCGUGGACAACAAUGGAUCUGUCAAGUCUUUAAAAAUUACCACUCGAGUUGAGUAGCGCGUGGGAAUAUUAAACUAUCAUUUUUAUUGUAUUUCUCAUUUUUAACAUUCUCCAUCUUCAUCCGGGAGAAAAUCAAAAGUGAAAAAAAAGUGUGAGCUUUGAGAUUGAAAAUGAAAUUUUGCUGAGAAGAUUUAGAAAAAGAUUAAAUCUUUACUAAAAUAAAAAAAAAUAGAGAUAUGGGUUUAAGUUAAACAAUUAUUUUCCAUAAAAGAAAGAAAAGAAAAAAAAGGAAAACUAAAACACCACCAACAACAGCCAAAGGUUGUUUCAUGGAUGAUGUUUUUCUUCUUUUUCCUAAAUCCCUCAUUUUUUUUCUUUAAAUUCUAAAAUCUCUAUCUCUCUGUGUGAGAAAGAAAGGAGUAGCUCAACUAUCUCUUUUGUUGCUUUUGUUGGAAAAUGCUGUUUGGGAUUUUAAGAUCAAACCCAGAUCUUGUUACCUUUCGGUCAACCUUAAUGCUUUUGUUAAUCUUUGGAAGCUACGGAAAAAUAGAGCCAAGGGGAACACUGGUGGAAAUUCUUUGCCCCUUUUCAUUCUUUAAAAUUUUUUUCAACAUAUGAAGUUUGGUUGAUGUUGUUAAGGCAAACAAUGAAGCUUCUCUGUUGAGGAAUUUGAGUAAUAACUCAUUUUAUUGAGGAUGGAGUCCCAUAUUUAUGGCUGGGUUGACUCAUUGUCCACUUCGAGUAUGAUGAUACUGCAUUUUCUUUGAGGGGUUUUCUUUUUCAUAUCGAGGUUUUAAGUUACGAUGAUCAAACAAAUACUUAAUAGGCUCCCACGGAAACCAUCUAAGUCGAGUGACAAUCGUGAGGGAGGAGGAACCUCUACUUCAUCAUCAAAUGCUUCUACCAGUUCAAGAAGCAGUGAUCAAGUUAGUAACCGCUAUGCAAACUCUAGCAGUUCGUCCUUUUCCAGCUCUAGUUCUCCAAAUUCUGGGUUGAAUCAAGGUAACAAGUUUUCUCAAGUGGUGAAUACGAAACUGAAUGGGAAUAUGGUUACCACUUCUUUUGAGGCUUUACCUAGUUUUAGAGAUGUACCGAAUUCUGAGAAGCAGAACUUGCUUAUCCGAAAACUGAACUUGUGUUGCAUCGUGUUUGACUUCACUGACCCGACAAAAAACCUCAAAGAGAAGGAUCUCAAGCGGCAAACCUUACUUGAGCUUGUGGAUUAUGUUUCAUCUGCUAAUGGAAAAUUCUCGGAGAUUGUUAUGCAAGAAAUCGUGAAGAUGGUAUCUGUAAAUUUGUUUAGAGCGCUAACAUCUCAGCCCCGUGAGAACAAGGUUUUAGAAGCAUUUGAUUUGGAAGAAGAAGAACCCUCGAUGGACCCUGCGUGGCCUCAUUUGCAAGUUGUUUAUGAAUUUCUAUUGAGAUUUGUGGCAUCACCCGAGACAGAUGCAAAAUUGGCCAAGCGGUAUAUUGAUCAUUCUUUUGUUCUAAGGCUGUUAGAUCUUUUCGAUUCAGAGGACCCCAGAGAAAGGGAGUAUCUUAAAACCGUUCUGCAUCGUAUCUACGGAAAAUUUAUGGUCCAUCGUCCAUUCAUCAGGAAGGCAAUCAAUAACAUCUUUUACCGCUUUAUUUUCGAAACUGAAAAACAUAACGGAAUCGCAGAGCUUCUAGAAAUACUGGGAAGUAUAAUCAAUGGGUUUGCUUUGCCAUUGAAGGAAGAACAUAAGCUCUUUCUUGUCCGUGCACUGAUACCGCUUCAUAAACCAAAGUGUAUACCCAUGUACCACCAGCAGUUAUCUUACUGCAUUACUCAAUUCGUGGAGAAGGACUGCAAGCUUGCCGAUACCGUUAUACAGGGGUUGCUAAAGUAUUGGCCAAUCACAAAUAGCUCGAAAGAAGUCAUGUUCUUAGGUGAACUGGAGGAAGUUUUAGAAGCCACACAACCUGCCGAGUUUCAACGCUGCAUGGUACCCUUGUUCCGUCAGAUAGGCCGUUGCUUGAGUAGUUCCCAUUUUCAGGUGGCAGAGAGGGCUUUAUUCUUAUGGAACAAUGAUCAUAUCGAGAGCCUAAUAAGACAGAACCGGAAAGUUAUACUUCCAAUUAUUUUCCCAUCCUUGGAGAAGAACGCAAGAAACCACUGGAACCAGGCAGUGCAGAGUUUGACUUUAAACGUCCGAAAGAUUUUCUCCGCCACUGACCCUGAGCUCUUUGAGGAGUGCUUGCACAAGUUUAAGGAAGACGAAGCGCAAGAGAACGAGGUUAAAUCAAAACGUGAAGCAACAUGGAAACGAUUAGAAGAGAUUGCUGCAAUGAAAGCUGCAAGUAAUGAACCGGUGCUUAUCUCCCCUAAAGCAACUACCCGCAAGCCAUCUGGUUAGGAACAAGUUAUUGCCAUUUUAGUUGCAGAUGUUCGAUGUCAAGAUUGGUAUUGCAAGCCAUCGGUAGGUGGACAUAUAUGAUGAAGCCGAGUUUUUCGUUGUACCAAACAGGAUUUUGAUGUCUCAGGGAUUCAUCAAAGAUUUGAUGCUAUGUGGGGGUAAUCUAAACCCCUUUUGCUCAUAUAUACAUAGCAUGUGUAUAUAAUGUAUCGAGGGGCAAAAGAUAAAAAGAAAGUUUGAUUUGUCUUGUAAAGUUGACAUCUUUUUCCAUUCAUAAAUCUUCAAGAUCUGUCUUUUUAUUUUUUGUUUUGGAUCAA